GCAGAAGCUUAAAAAACCCUCACCGGCCGCGGCGAUGGCUCUUUUCACCGCGCGACGCAAGUUAACGACAGUCCUAAACAAAACCCUCUCUUCCACUUCUCAUUCAUCUUUUUCCACGCUCUCUCCCCGCUCUCGAUUCGCCGUGUCUUUACUCGACAAAGUUUCCUCGAACCGAAAUGGAUUAGGCCCGUGUUACAUAACGACCCGACCCAAGACAUCCGGGUCUGGAUACUCUCCCUUGAACGAUCCUUCUCCUAAUUGGAGCAACCGUCCGCCGAAGGAGACGAUUCUUCUUGAUGGGUGCGAUUACGAGCAUUGGCUUAUUGUGAUGGAGUUCACUGAUCCCAAACCGACAGAAGAUGAAAUGAUUAAUGCUUAUGUCAAAACCUUAACUUCAGUUGUCGGCAGUGAGGAGGAGGCAAAGAAGAAGAUUUAUUCGGUUUGCACUUCGACAUACACUGGCUUUGGUGCUUUGAUCUCUGAAGAGCUUUCUUGCAAACUCAAAGGAUUGCCUGGUGUUCUCUGGGUUCUACCAGAUUCUUAUCUUGAUGUACCAAACAAAGACUAUGGAGGUGACUUGUACAUUGAAGGAAAGGUGAUACCAAGACCACAGUACAGGUUCACUGAACAGCGCCAAACUAGAAAUAGGUCUAGGCCUAGGUACGAUAGGCGCCGUGAGACUGUGCAGGCGGAGAGGAGAGAGCCAACAACAACGCAGAACUGGAACCAAAACCAACCACCAUCAUCCUCGGGUAAUCAAAGCUCCUGAGAGUUAGACAAUAACAGUUCCUUAAUAGUAUAAACUCUUGUUACUUUCAUGAACAACAAGUUGGCAUCUGUAAUGGAGUUUAUUAAGCUUAUCAGUAUCAUCAUUCACCAUUCUUGUUUCUAAGGACUUAAACUCAAAAUGAUAGAGAAUCUAUGUACAAUGUGUAUAAACAUAUACAAACUAGAGAUCAUUCAGACAUGUAACUGCAGCCUAAAAAAUGAAUAUGUCAGCACACCGGAGAUAAUGUCAGGUUAAGCUUCUCCCUUUUCAAGAUCCUCACUAUCCUCUUGAAGGCAAAGUGUACACAAUUAGACAAAGCGAUCCAGCAAAUCACUUCAUACACAAACUCCAUUGCUGGAUCCGACCAUGACCAAUACAAAGACUCAUCCCAAUUCCCCCCACCACCACCACAACCGUAAUUCCAUCCCUUCCCACCGCCUCCACCACCAAAUAGACCGUCGUUACCACCGCCUUCUAAGAGAAAACAACCAAAAUCUCCACCGUCUUCUCCAAAUGAAACGUGCUUCAUACGCCUCUUCUUUCGGAUCCUUCGGAUUGUUUUAUUCGCCGAUGCUUGGAUGGUUCCACUAUGAGACUGAUCAACGUUGAAUGAAAUGUGAUUUGCCGGAUUGAGAAACCCAAACGCUAUGCCUUGUUUUACUGUGCAAACUGAGACUGUAUCGGCGAUCAGAGAGAACUCCAUGACGAUGAUGAUCUUCUUCCCCCAAAAUCCACGAAAACAGAUUGGAUUAGGGUUUUUGUAAAACUCGCCGGUAAUGACGGGAAUAAUAAUAUCGAGAAGCUGUCCUGUCCGAAUGAGGCGAAUCAAAUCGAACACGUAACUGAUUUAUGUACACGUGUUUAUUAAUUAAGACAACGUGAU